AUGCUCUUCAGUAUCUGGUUUACUUUUCUUUUCUUCACAUUCUUUUUCUUUUUGAUUUUCUAUCUUUACCCUUUCUUUCUUUCUUUCUUUCUUUCUUUCUUUCUUUCUUUCCACUCCUUUUUAUAUUCCCAUCAUUUCCCUAUUCUUUCUCUAUUUCUGUCUUCCUUUACAUUCCUAUUUAUCUUCCUAUUUAUCUAUUCUCUCUUUCUUUCUUUCUUUCGUUCGAUCUUUCUUUCUUUCUUUCUUUCUUUCUUUCGCUAUUUCCGUAUUCCUUUACAUUCCUAUUUAUCUUCUUAUUUAUCUAUUCUCUCUUUCUUGCUUUCUUUCUUUCUUUCUUUCUUUCUUUCGUUCGUUCUUUCUUUCUUUUUUUCUUUCUUUCUAUACAAUCUUAUUACUCUUCCCAUUUAUCCAUUUCUUUCUUUCUACUUAUUUUCAUAUUUCGAUAUAUAUUUUAAAACGUCUUUCUUUCAUUCCUUCUUAAUUUUUCUUUUCUUUCUUUCUUUCUUUCUUUCUUUCUUUCUUUCUUUUCUUUUCUUUCUUUCAUUCUUUCUUUUCUUUCAUCAGAGUUCUUUUCCUUUCUUCUUCCUUUUAUUUGUUCGUCGAUUCAUUGUCCCCUCUAAUUAUAGUCUUUAUUUUUUCCUACCUCAAAAUUGCAAUAAUCCAUUCAAUAUCUCUUGCCUCGAUCUGCUAAUAUCUAUCUAUCUAUCUAUCUAUCUAUCUAUCUAUCUAUCUAUCUAUCUAUCUAUCUAUCUCUUUUCUCUCACUCUCUCUCUCUUUCUCUCUCUCUCUCUAUAUAUAUACAUUUUUGAUCUAUCUAUCUAUCUAUCUAUCUAUCUAUCUAUCUAUCUAUCUAUCUAUCUAUCUAUCUGUUCAUUUUCUAUCUAUAUAUCUAUCAGUCUUCUGUUCAUUAUCUAUCUAUCUAUCUAUCUAUCUAUCUAUCUAUCUAUCUAUCUAUCUUCUUAUUUCAACAUUCCCCCUUUAGCUCCUCAACCUUCUUUCCUCUUUUCCUUCUUCAAACCCGUCACAACCUUCGCCUGCUUUCGCUCGGAAGCGACAGGCUGA